GAAACGCCGUGCACUCUAAAUCGAAAGGAAGGCCUCUCGAUCCCUCCUCUCCUCUCCUCUUCUCUCCCCUCUGCGAUCGAGCUUGUCCGGAGAUAUGAAGCUUCGAAUUCGCUCCGUGGCGUCGAAGGAGACGCUGAGGAUCCAAGCCCCUGACCCCUCCUCUCUCCACGACCUCAAAACCCUCAUCGCACGCGCCCUCUCUUCCUCCUCCUCGAUCUCGAUCCCGCCGGGGUCAAUCCGCCUCUCCCUUAACCGCAAGGAUGAGCUCCUUCCUUCCUCUCCCCAGGACUCGCUCCACUCCCUCGGCCUCACCGCCGGAGAUCUUAUCUUCUUCUCUAUCGUCCCUGACUCCCAAACCCUAGCCCCGUCCCCCUCCCCGGCCCCCGCUCCGGAGGAAAUCGUGGAAAGCUCGAAUCUUGCCCCAGUUCCUCCGCCAGAGACCCCCAGUGCCGUGGAUGAUACGCCGUUCCGCCUGAGCGCUCAAACUCUAAACUUUUCCUCUUCCUCUGUCGCCGCUUCAGUGGAAAUUGCGGAAAGCUCGAAUCUUUCGCCGGUGUCGACGCAGAAUAACCCCAGUGCCAUAGCGUCAGAUUUGACUUCACCUCAAGCCGAGGUGGUUCAACAAGAUGAUGUCAUGGCAUUAGACGUAGAGCCCGUUGUCGUGCGGAAUUCUCUGGCAGUUCCAUGUUAUCUUAAGAGGGUCAUCGAAGCCGAGAAGGGAGAAGCCGAGGGUCUUCUGGGUCGCCUGGUCAUCACCUUCCAUGCUGCUUUUCUCGAGUCCGGAUUCGUGGUCAGUGGCGGUGGCGGUGGCAGUGGAUCCCGAUUUCCCGGAGGAUGUCCAUCAAAAGCUGCUACUUUUUCCGUUCAAUACACUCUUCCUGAGCUCGUGGGUGCUGUUGACAGCAGGGGUGUCAAAGUGGCAAUUUUGAGGUUCUCGAUGAUGGGGAAUUAUGCGACUGUUUAUGGAUUUCUGAACGGAGAUCAUCAGGAUGUGUACCGAGUGUGUAUUGAUCUGUCAAAGCUGGCACCUUUGUUAUCUUUAUCUAUGGAUUCUCUGAGCAAACAAGAAGAAAAGGAGGUUUUUGGACUAUGGAAGGUUGUGAAAGAUGGACUCACGUUGCCUCUCCUUAUUGAUAUAUGCCAGAAGAAUGGGCUACCUUCUCCCACGUGCUUCAUGCGCCUUCCAACUGAUCUCAAGAUCAAGAUUCUGGAGUUUGUUUCGGGCAUUGAUGUCGCAAAGAUUGGGUGCACUUGUUCUGAGUUGCGGUAUCUGUCAUCAAAUGAUGAUCUUUGGAAGCUGAGGUUUCUUGAGGAGUUUGGGUCGGUGAAUGAGAGGGUACUCGUGGGCAGAAGCUGGAAAGACAAGUAUGUGAAUUACUGGGUGAGGAGGAAGGAAGCUGAGAAGAUGAUAACAGAAAGGGCGAACCUAUUUCGCAGGCCCAGUGUUAUUUUGCGUAGGUUUAACCCAGCUGGUACCCUGAGGCUUCCUGUGCAAGGUGGAGAUUAUGACAGGUUCCCUGCAAUUGGUGGUUUUGCCCCAGGGGUUCUGGGAUUAGGAGUUCCACGUCUGCCCGCUCGAAGAAACUUUUCACCUGACUGUAAUCUUGGAGGAAAUGAUGCAGGUUUCUUUGCAUGAAAUGGCUUCCACCUUGUUAGUUUCUCAGAAAUUUGAUGCACCCAGACCUUUUGGCCACUCUUCGCCAUGUCUGUAGAUGGUUUUAGUGGCUUCUGUUUGUGAGAUUAAAUUUUGAAAGAGCUGGUUCCAUGUGUGUAGUACGUGAACAUACACUUAGAGCUGCUUCCAUAUCUGUAGUGCGUGAAUAAACUCAAGUUUACCUAGUUUGUUUCUCAACAGUUGUAUAUAAGUGAACAUUUUCUAAUAUGCAAGUUGUUGGUAUCUUCAUCA